GAUUCUUAUUCUUAUGAUAGAAAAUAGGCCAAAUACUAGCCUGCUUGAUUUCAGAUUUCAGUGUUACUUCACUUGUUUGUACCACAGGGUUGAUUCGACUGUAAUAAAGAUAAUAAAGAUUAACAUUCCAUUCCAUAUUUUGAAAAUUGAAAGUGAUUGGCCUAUUAUUAACUUCAAAAUGAGCAAGCAACCAUCGUGUGCAGCUUUUGCAUCAGUUCAAGACAUAGAAACUCCAUGGGAUGUUGCUCUCAGUUCUAAAUACAAGAGGAGUUUUGCCUACAUCACUGCUAAAGAUAGAUGGCCAGUAAUUUUACAAAAAGUUAUUGAUGGCUUGUCAAAUGAAAGAGAGGUGAUCUCAGCUCAAUAUGGAGAGCAAGGUAAAGAAGAUGUGGAGAAUGUGCUCAACUAUUUAUUGAUUUUGAAACACGACAUGACUUCUGACAACUGCUUUAUCAACGUGGUCCAAGGUGUUGACGCUGCUAUUUAUAACAAAUACUUAGACAAGAAGAUGAAGAAUGGAUCUCCAGUCACUUGGUAUAGCACAGAAUGGCUGUAUGCCGAGUGUUACUUGUACCGAAGAAUUAAAGAAGCUUUCCUCUUAAGCAAAACGCUUGGUAACUAUGAUCCCUUCCAUCAACAAAAGACAGAAGCAAUAGAAGAAGCGCUCACUUCCAUGGAAGUCCUUGCAUCUUUCUUGUUGAAUCUAUUUGAAAAUCACCAUCAAAGUUCUGAGAUUGAAUACUUAACUUUCCAACGCAUUCUUAAGCUCUCUCUGUGGUCUAACAAAGCUGAUCUUUCAUUGUCUUGUGGAAACCGUGUUGAAGUUCAAGCCAACCCUCUCAAGGCAGUUGAUGAGUUGAAUGACUUUAUUCUCUCUGAUGAUUCUCAAGCUGUUUGGACCGAGGUGUCAAAAUCGAAGAAUCUUAUUAUAGACAUUGUAUUUGACAACACCGGUGUGGAGGUGAUGACAGACUUAUGUCUCGCCGACUAUCUGACUUCUAUGUACAACGCAGUGAGGGUGAGGUUCCAUUGCAAAGCUAUCCCGUGGUUUAUCUCUGAUGUGAUGGAGAAAGACUUUCACCAGGUGAUAGAGAGACUUUCCAACCACACUCCUGCCUGUCAACAGUUGGCAGCUCGCUGGCAUGACUACUUGGAAAAUGGAAAAUGGACGGUCCACAGUGAUUGUUUUUGGACUUUGCCCUUUUCUUACAACGAAAUGAAGGAGCAAGACCCCAAGCUGCACAGUAUGUUGGCUGAGAGCAGCAUCAUCAUAUUCAAGGGAGAUCUCAACUAUCGCAAGUUGCUUGGAGAUAUCAACUGGAAGUACACAACUCCGUUUCAUGCGGCUCUGAGAGGCUUCAACCCUGCUCCAAUUGUAGCCCUGCGCACCGCCAAGGCAGAUCUGAUAGCGGGUAAAACAGUUUGGAACCCAGGUUGUAUGAACCUGUUUCAGCUAAGGACAAGAACUGGCUUUUGACCGGUAGCUACGGCCUUAUUCAGUUUGACAACACCAACUCCAAAACCACCUAGUCUAAUGGAGACUUAUUGAAUCUCAGCAUUUAAUAACUAUCAGAACAAGCUUUAAUCAAUGUGUUGUGAUUCUACUGUGAUUUUUAAAUAAAAUGUUGUUGACUGUUA